AAAAAAAAAAAAAAGGAAGUCCUAUCCAGCAGAAGACACUUGCAAUGCAAACUUCCCAUGUAUAUGGCGCAUGCAUAAUACAGGAUGAAAUGAGUUGUUACUCAUUUGUCUCUCAGAUAAAGACAUGUAUGGAUUUAUUGAUGUUGCCAAACCUGUGAAGUCCAAUGUUUAAUUGGCCAGGCUGUCCAGGCAAGUCAGAGCCCAAAGAGACAGAGACAGACAAGCAGUACUUUGCUCUUUUAUUUGUUUGUUUUUUUACUUGGCUGUGGGAGUGUACGUGCAGGGGCCACAGCACACAUUUAACAGGUCAGUGCCCUGUCCCCCUCGGAAGAGUUGAAAGGGGGUUAGCCCUUUCCUGGGAUUCGGUGUGUCAGACUUCAGUCCUCUCAGAGACAAGUGGGCAGACAGGCUUAUAGGAUGCAGACAGCAGUGAUCCUGGUUCCCCUUCUGGUUCUGGGAUGGACCUGGACCAUCAAAGGGCUCCCUCUCCUCCCAGAACCUCUCUACACCACGCAGGAGAACUUUGACCUGGCCCGGUUUCUAGGAACGUGGCAUGAUGUUGCCAUGGCAAGUACAUGUCCCCACAUCCAAAGUCACAGGGGAGAUGCAGCCAUUGGUAAACUGGUACUGCAGAGAGGCACCACUGAAGGAAAACUCAAGAUGACAAAAUCCGUACUCAGACAUGGAACAUGUAAGGAGAUCUCUGGGGAUUACGAGCUAACCACCACACCAGGACGGUUCUUCUACCACAACGCAAACUGGGGGGCAGACGUGGAGGCCUACGUGGUUCACACAAACUACAAUGAGUAUGCGAUCGUGAUAAUGACCAAACAGAAACUGGCAGGGGAGAAGACCACAUCAGUUAAGCUUUACAGUCGAACUAUGGCUGUGAGAGCCACUGUGCUGGAUGACUUCAAAACACUGGUCAGACAACAGGGGAUGAGCGACGACACUAUUGUCAUCAAGCAGAACAGAGGUGACUGUGUUCCUGUAGAGCAGGUGGCAGAACCACCAGCUCAGCCUGAGCCUCAGCGGGUCAGGAGAAAUGCGGUGCCGUCUCUAGCUCCUGCAGAGGAGGAGGGUUCUGGUGAUGACUCACCGCUUUUCAAUGGAACCGAGGCCUGUAACGCAGCACCAGACACAGGACCAUGUUUUGGGCUGAAAAAGUACUACUACAACGCAACCUCAAUGAGGUGUGAAAUCUUUAACUAUGGAGGAUGUCUGGGCAACCAGAACAACUUUGAAAAUGAGAGAGAGUGUCUGCAGAGAUGUCGCACUGAGGCUGUGUGCCGUCUGCCCGUGGUAGCCGUACACUGCACAGGUCAGCCACCCAUCUGGGCCUUUGACUCCACCAUCGGUCUGUGUGUGCGCUACAAACAGGACUUCUGCCAGGCCAACAGCAACAAGUUCUACAGCAAGGCUGAGUGUGAGGAGUACUGUGGGGUGGUUAAAGACACAUAGCUCCUGAAGGAAAAACUACAUGAGAUGAGGAAACAUCGCUGCUCACCUGUCACGGAUGGAACGAGUGAUGGAACGUAAAUUGGCAUCACACAAGGCGCAGAUUAUGAUUUUGUCGCAGCACUCACAAAAUAUGAGAAGUUAUAUCACAACCAAUCACCAAUAAAGGAAGUCAUUAUUCUGUUUGGCUGGUGUUUUUAUUGUUUAUAGUAUUCCCAUUGGCUUGUGCUGAUGUAGUUGCCUCCUGGGUUCCACAAAUACAUACAGAUGACACGACACAAAAAUCUAGACUUUCUCCCUUUUCAGGUUCACAUUAAAGAUACCACUUAUAUGCUCUCGCCAUGUUCUUUUCAUGCUCACAGACCAGGUUACUUCUAUAGUCCAGAUUAUUGACCACGGGGUUAAAGAUCUUGUUCAGAGUAAACUAGUGGUGGUUGUAGAUUGUAUGCACUGUAUACAGUAUCUUCUCUAUGUUUAAAACUGAGUGAGAAUGUUUCCAUUUCUCAAAAUCUGCACUCGCUUGGAUAAAGGGUUAUUUAUCUAAUACGACUCCUAGUCCUAGUUGUGGAGGAGUUUAUUAUGAUGGCUGCCUUUCUGACUCUGUGAAUGUUUGCUGUGUGGUGGCACAAGGGACCUGGCUCUCUCACCUACGAUAGAUGCAUGACCGGGUAUGUAUUAAUAAUCUAGGCCUGGAUUCAGCCAAAUCCCUAAUUAUUGUAACAAGGCCCAAACUAUCUUGCAAUCCUCGGUUAAUCCUAUCAUUUCUGGGUUUCCCAUUUGAAUGAGUUUAAGAGACCAGACAGUUGCAUAUCACUUUGAAUUACCGUCUCAUUUGUUCUCAGCACACUGUUCACAUGCUGUGAAGAAAAUGAAAGAGCCAUAAUAAUUAGCAAUUAUUCCUAUAUCCCUUAAAGCAUUUAUGAUAUAAAAUUGAUGUAUCUUGAUUGGUUCCAACCCACUUUGAGUGUUGCUCUGUAGUUUUUUUUUCUGCAGCUGAUUAGGUGGAUAUACAAAAGCUGCACAAGCUCUGCACCGUCCAGAUAGCCUUAGCAUUGUCUAAACGCACUACGCAACAUCUAAUAUCUAACUUUGGUAGCUCGAUGAGCUCGGAUGAGCAGCGCUGUUUCUUCGACUCACUCAGUUUGCCUUCAGCAAACAGGUUUUCCUGCACUGAAUUUCAGUUGCUCUGCCUCAAAAAACAACUAACAGAAUAAACAUAUUAACAACAGACUUAAACGUUGGACUAGAGAGUUACUGCGACUUCAACAAAUCAAUAAAUGCCAUGAUGUGGCAGAAGAGGAAUCAGUAACAAGUGCAUUUUUUUUUUUUUCCUGUAUUAUUGUGUCUUUUCUACAGAUUUGCAGUAUCUUUAUUCUUGGAUAUGGGCACAACACAGGAAAGAAGAGUCAUCCUCUCCGCUGUUGCUGGUGUCUUCUGUUGGUUGAAACUUUACACCUGAUUACUUGUUUGUUUGUAUGUAGGUUUUCAUGUUUUGGACUUUUCUUGAAACUUGAAGUAAUAACUAAUGAAUAACUAAUAAUAAUAAUAAUGACAGCUAAUAAUAACUCAUAGAUAUCUGAAAUGUGACAAGGAGCCCCAGUUAGACAAUGACUUUUUUCUAAGGGUUCACAAGCCAAAUGGUUGGGAGCCACUGGUUUAAUCUGUAACAAUUUGUUGUAUUUUAUAAGCUAACCAUGUGGAGUUUUUUUAAGCAAAACCUUUAUCUGUAAGUUAACUGGUGAUGCUACUAGUAAGUAGAUCUGUUGUUGGUUCAGGAGAACCUGUUUUUCCUGUAGGAAAACGUUACUCAUUUUAACUUAUCAUUCAGAGUUUCAACGUGAACCAGUAUUACAUACAGUAAGGAGGCCAUUAAAGAAAUAUAAUGAUUUUGUUUCUGCGCUAUCUAUUGUAAUAUACAAAGUUAUAUCAUAAUGGAUCAUUAUUAUAAAAAAAAACAUUACUCACUUUGCCGAUGUUUUUUUAACUUGAUACUUCAUUGCAUUUCCUUAUCUUAUGAGACCUCAUCUGUAAAACUUGAUUAAAUAUAGUGGAUUUUCAUAUGGUCUGUAUUGGUGUAAACAGUACUUUGUAUGCAGCAUUAUAAUUCCCAAAUCCCAAUUAAGUCGAUCUGGAUCUAUGUUGUUUGAGAUUUUAAAGCAGUUUUAAUUGGAGGUGUAACAGGGAUUUCAACCUAUUUUACUGUAUGUAAAUACUGUCCACUUGUCUCUAAAUUACUUUUUGACAAACAAAAAAUAUAUAUUUGUUAAUACAUAGUCCUCAUAACAUAUAAAGCAUGAAAUAUUUCCUUACUUGAUUUAAUAACAAUGCCUUAAAGUGAUUCUUUAUUUUGUUCCUGCACGGCAAAGGGAGGUGUUGCCUCUUCGAAACCUUUCCACUUACUGAGUUUUAUAGGGACAGUAGAAAUGAAAAAUAUAUAUCUAGAGAUUUUCCAGUUAUUAUCAUGAUUAUUAA